CGGGGCUCCUAAAAAGUGAAGGCGGGCCCUGCUUCCUCUUGUCACCGCCUGGUGUUUGAAAUAUUUCCGUGAAAAGGGGGCUGGACGACCCCGACUGCGAGCAGCGGGACUGACAUGUUGAGUGUUUGUUUGUGUGCGUGCUGUCGUGUGUUUAUCUCGGGAUAAGGCAGCUGAAUAGGACCAAUACGGAUUGCGUAAGUUUGUCGCAGAUCGGUCGCCUGUCCAUCGGUGCGACAACCCGUUUGAGCUCCGGGCAGAGGCGGGAAUGGAGCGGGGCGAAGGGGGCGACUAUGAGAGCUGCUCACCUCAACAAAACACAAUGUGGAAACAGUUUCAAGCCAAAGCCAAGCCGCUGCUCAGCCCCAAGCUGGGCUCCAGAGAUCCCGAGGAAAAGAAGGAGCGAAGCGGCUGGAUGUUCAAGAAGAUGAAACGAAAGGAAAACGUCGUUCUGGACCGGGUGAUCUCCUCCUCGCAGCCCGACCUGCUCUUCUCCUCUCAGGUGGAUUUAGACACGAAGGAGGCUCAGCUCUGCGGCAGAGCGGCCGCCAGCGGCUCCGCUCUCGGCAGGGAGAAGCUGUCCUCCAAGCACCAGUCCGCAAGCCCCAAUAAGCCCACGGUGGCUCACUUGGUGCAGUCCCACCACAAGAGCUCCUCUCUCGGGUCUGCGUGCUUGGAGAGGCUGGCCGAGUCGCCGGGCGGAAGCGGCGGGGCAGCAGCAGGACGCGGCGGAGCGGCAACAGCCGCCGCAGCGGCAGACGCACAGCUGGACAGCAGCGAUGAGCGGCCGGCUGUGGGAGCACCGAGCUCCACGGAAGUCCCCCCUGAGAGGUCCGUCCACAGCUCAGGGAUGUACAAGCUGGAGGUGGAGCUGAAGCGAGGACACAGCCUGGCCGUCCGAGACCGAGGAGGCAGCAGCGACCCGUACGUCAAGUUUAAGCUGGGUGGUAAAGAGGUGUUCAGAAGCAAAACCAUCCACAAAAACCUCAACCCAGUGUGGGAUGAGAGAACCACUCUGAUCCUGGAUAGUCUGAGUGAGCCUUUGUAUGUAAAGGUGUUUGACUACGACUUUGGCCUUCAAGAUGACUUCAUGGGUUCUGCUCACCUUUACCUGGAGUCUCUGGAGCAGCAGAGGACGAUACCUGUGACUCUGGUGCUGAAGGACCCUCAGCACCCUGAUCAGGACCUGGGCACCCUGGAGCUGUCCGUCACCCUCACACCUAAAGACAGUCCCAUAGAGGAGCGACGGGACUCAACGACUAUGCUGCUCAGGAGGUCCUGGAAACGAUCCACUAAGCAGCAGCAGUCCAUGCGUCUUUCAGAGCUGCAUCGGAAGUCCCAGCUCUGGAGGGGGAUCGUCAGCAUCGCCCUCAUCGAAGGCCGGAACCUGAUUCCCAUGGACCCCAACGGACUGAGCGACCCGUAUGUCAAGUUCAGGCUGGGACCACAGAAGUACAGGAGCAAGACCGUGCCAAAGACCCUGAGUCCACAGUGGAGGGAACAGUUUGACCUUCAUCUGUACGAGGAGACCGGCGGCGUGCUGGAGAUCACAGUGUGGGACCGAGACACUGGGAGGAGAGACGACUUCAUUGGACGCUGCCAGUUGGAUCUGUCCACUCUGGCUAAGGAGCACACUCAUCACCUGGAGCUGCCGCUGGAGGAGUCCCAGGGCUCCGUGGUGCUGCUGGUCACGCUGACCGCCUCGGCUCACGUCUCCAUCGCCGACCUGUCCGUCACGCCGCUGGACGACCCGCAGGAGCGCAGGGAGAUACUCAAACGAUACGGUUUGUUCAAGUCCUUCUCCAACCUGAAAGACGUCGGCGUCGUGCAGGUGAAGGUGAUGAGAGCCGAGGGACUCAUGGCUGCCGACGUAAACGGAAAAAGUGAUCCGUUCUGUGUGUUGGAGCUGAAUAACGACAGACUGCAGACUCACACAGUUUACAAGAACCUCAACCCAGAGUGGAACAAAGCCUUCACCUUUAACGUGAAGGACGUUCACUCAGUGUUGGAGGUGACCGUGUUCGACGAGGACAGAGACAGGAGUGCUGACUUCCUGGGGAAGGUGGCCAUCCCCUUAUUACAUGUCCGUAACGGCGAGCAGAAGGGCUACGCGUUGAAGAACAAGGAGCUGACGGGUCCGACCAAAGGAGUCGUCUACCUGGAGAUCGACGUCAUCUACAACACUGUUAAAGCUGCUUUGAGGACUGUGGUCCCAGCAGAGCAGAAAUACAUCGAGGAGGAACCCAAAGUCUCCAAGCAGUUGCUCCAGCAGAACUUUAACCGUGUGAAGAGGUGCAUCAUGGUCCUCAUCAGCUACGGGACGUACAUCAACAGCUGCUUCGAAUGGGAGUCCACACAGAGGAGCCUCAUCUCCUUUGUGCUGUUCGUGGUGGCGGUGUGGAACUUCGAGCUCUACAUGCUGCCGCUGGCUCUGCUGCUGCUGCUGGUCUGGAACUUCUUCUUCUGCUCGAGCAGGGAAACGGCUGACGUGUCCAUGGAGGCCAUGUUUGAGUGGGAAGACGAAGAAGAGGAUAAAGAGGACAAGGAGGCGGAGCACAAAGGCUUCAUAGAUAAACUGUACGCCAUCCAGGACGUGUUCAUCAGCGUGCAGAGCGCUCUGGAUGAGGUGGCGUCACAUGGAGAGAGGAUAAAGAACACCGUUAACUGGACAGUGCCUUUUCUGAGCUGGCUGGCCAUCACUGCCUUAUGUCUGGCCACGCUGCUGCUCUACCUCGUACCUGUUCGGUACCUUGUGCUGGCGUGGGGUGUGAAUAAGUUCACCAAGAAGCUUCGUGAUCCGUACAUGAUUGACAACAACGAGCUUCUGGACUUCCUCUCGCGAGUGCCGUCCGACGUUCAAGUGAUGCAGUAUCGUGAGCUGAAGGUCGAUCCUGGACAAAGUCCCAGCAAACGCAAGAGGACAAACCCGAGUUAGCCGCCGUGUAAACAGUGUAAACAUGUUAUUUUUAAAUUUCUUGUAUAUUUGGAUUAUUCUGACCAGCUGUCACUGAUGAGUUGUUUUCCUUUGGUUACAGUGCAAAGAUUUAUUUUCUAAAUCCUGUAAAGAAGACUUUGUUUUUUUAUUCCCCUUCGCCUCACGUGUUGUGAACGCACACGCGUGUUACACUGAGCAUGUGUGAAGGUGUGCCGCUGUUGCAUGGGAUGGUUGCACCUCCAUCUUUGUAUUUCUUUGAACGUGUUUGUGCAGUUUUGAGCUCGAUGUGCCGUCAGCGUCUGAUAGCUGCAUGUUUGUUACUGUAUGACCGUAUUUACACACAACGUCCACACGCUGCGUGCUACGUUUAUGGACUGCUCGUUUGUGUGCAAAACAGAACCGGAUGGAUUUUGGUGUUAAAUUCAGCGAUUUGAAUCAGUUUAUGCUGAUGUUAUUUCAGGUUAAAGGGACAUUCCACCACUUUCACACACUGAGCUCAGUUUAGUGCCAUUCAGCCUGUGGAAACGCUUCUGAAAUAACCCUGAUGAUGUCAUAGUGAUGUCAUCAGGGUUAAUUUGUUAAUCUCACAGACGAGAACAUUUGCAGCAGCGAAGGUGGAUGAAGUGCAUCUCCAAUCCGAUUUGCUCCACCUUUUCAUACUUUUCAUACUUUAAGUACAUUUUCCUGACUGCACUUACAUACUUUUACUGAAGUAUGAUUUUGAAGACAAAACUGUAGUAUCUCUAAGUAAAGGAUCUGAGUGCUUCCUGCACCACAUUUACUCCACAGUUUCGCUGUGCUGGUUUGUGUAGAUGUCGUCCUCCCACCACCCACUGAAGACCGACGGAAGAUUUAAAAUCAGACGAAGACGUAAAGUGAAAUGCAUCGCAGGCUGUAAUAUUCAUUCAUAUUCAGAAAACCUGCUUUUAACUUAUUUAAUAACUUCAGUAGCUUGUUAACUUUGCAAACUCAAUAAUCAAUAAUCAAACCAAAAUAUGAUCAAUAUAUGAUCAGUUACUUUGGACUUUAUCCCCCACCUUCAGCGUCUGUAACAGCAAAGUGCGCAUUACUACAAUAUAAUUUGACACAUGUAACAUUUGGAAUGCACUAGUUGUAGUACUACAGUACUUUCACACUAUUAUUGUUACUUUUUUUUAGAUCUGAGUACUUCUGUAGUUGAAAGUAUUUAGUACUAUUUAGCACUAAUGACGGUAUUUAGUUUUGGCAGGUCUGUGCUGCAGAUCGGUUAUUAAAGAUUAAUAAAUGAAUGAUUUUCUUUUUAACAUACGUUUUUAACUUUCUUAUGACACCAUGAAAAGGAAAAACAAAAUGUGUUUUUUAUUUGACUUUGUUUCUUUGUUUUCAUUUAGUCGUUUUAAAUCCUCCGUACUGAUGAGCUCGUGUGUGUUUGUUUGUUCCAAACAGACGAAACCUUUUUUGUCUGAUUUUCACCUCAUCGACUUUAUUUUCAGUUUCUGAUUUCCUGUUUUUCUCUCCAAACGUUAGUCUGCACAGUCACAUUUGACUGUUUUGUGCUUUGUAAUCCGAAUGUGGAAAGUUUCUGGAUGUGAUUUCCUGCAUGUUUGUGUAAGCUGUAAUGUGUGCGUGUCAAAGAGUUUUGCAUGACUGCAAGUGCAUUUAUGGAUACUGAAUGUGAAGUUGAUCUAAAGCGUCUGUGGCUUCUGCGUGAUGUUCAGACCCACCUGAGCUGCAGGUGAACACAGAAGAAGCUGUUAUAGACCUCCUGUUUACUCUCUUUAAUCAUCCCCUCUGUCAUUUUGCACAUUAUCUGUUUUGUUUUCCAGUUGCAUUGUGGGUAUUUGCCGCUGCAGUUGUGUCAAAGUGAAAUGCUGGACUGACCUUCAUGACUGUAGCAUUUGUCUGACAAAAUAUAUUUCUACACAGACCUGA